GGCGGCGCAUUGAUCGUACGUCAUGGACGGUCAGUAGGAAAUGCAUCUCUGCUCCGAGUAGACGGUAGUGCCUUUGGUUUUUUUUCUGUUAUUCUUUUCAAUUAUUUUUUAAUGCAUUAUGUUAAUUUAAAUUAAUUAUAUUUUGUUAUUAUUACGAGUAAAUAACGUAAGAGUGAAUGUGAAAAAUGAACAAUGCGAAAGUGAAAACUACAAGAGAUUGUUCGGACCAUUUUGGAGAUCAUGGAGGAUAUUUUGAUGUUGCUAUACGACCGAUGUUACAACAGGGUCACGAAGGAGAGUUAUGCGGUUGGUUAAAAGAAAUGAGUUUGAUUCGCACUGUUUCAAAUUGUCCUCAUAUAAAUUGUAAAGGAAAAAGUUUAGUUUGGCAUCCUGCCAGAAUAGUAGAUAAAUAUAACUGGACUUGUCCUCAUUGUACCAAAAAACAAUCUAUCAGAGAGAAGUCUUUCUUUUUAGGAAUUAAAUGUGAUUUAAAAUUAUGUCUUCAAUUGAUAUUCGGUUGGUGUCAACAAAUUUCUUACGAAGAUGCUGCUUCCUAUCUCGAUAUUAAAACUCAUAUAGUUAAGAAAGUAUACGAAAGAUGCGACGAAGUUUCAGAAACUUAUGUGAUGAGUCAUCCAGAAGAUUGGAUGAUGGGGGAUAAGAGUGCAAUAGUUAUCGUUGAUGAAUUUCCAGGGGGUUGUAUGGUUAGAAAUUAUGUAGAUACAAGUUCUAAUAGAAAACGUAACAAUAAUUCUCAUACUAUAGUUUGUAUAGUGGAAGCGAAUACUUUGCCACCACGUAUGUGGUUGCAUAUGAUAGAAGCAAUACCAGAGCCUAUCAAAAUGGAUAAUAUCAAAAAAGAUGUCGGUAGAUGUAAUAUGGUGAAAGAGGCCUUGAAAGAAAUAACAAGUCACACGUUACCUGGAAGUUGCAUUAUAGCUAAUAGUAAAGCUCGUUGCUGCAGCUAUGAAUCGUUGUUAGAAUUAAAGCAAUAUAAAGUUAUCAGCGUUGAGCAAUUACAAAAGUUCGAUCCACCAGGGAAAUCCAAACUUCUGGAUAAUUUAGAAACUAUUUGGCGAACGGGUGUAGAAAUAUGCGAAGAAAUCCAAGAGACUACGCAUACGUUAGGUCAACAUAUAAUAUCAAGGUAUCUAUGGAGACAAAGAUUUGGUUCUUCGCCUUCAACAGCAUUUCAACAUAUGUUAAAUCAUAUUGCCGAAUGUUUUCGGUUUACAUGAAUUUGAAUAAUCUUACAAUUGUUUAUUGAAUCCAUUAUUUUUAUAUUAUUAAUGAAAGAGCACAAAAUAUUAAUUACGAAGUAAGAUAUAUGAACAAAGGUAAUAUUUUUAAAAAAGAAAAAUAUUUUUUUUACAAUAUUAAAGAUAUAGAUAUAUUUUUGAAAUUGUAAAAAAAGAAAGUAAAAUAUUAGUAAAAAUAUUAACUGAUGCUUCAAUACUAUAUGGAGAUAGUUACUCGUGAAUUAAUGAUAUAUUUUAUAUAAAAUGUUAUUUUUAUUAAUAGUGCAAAUUACUAUCAAUCAUCAUAAAUAUACAAACACACAACACACAUAUACAUGGUACACGUCUUCCAAUGAAUUUUGGGAUAUCUUAUAUGUUGAAAUCGUAUCUUUAAAACUAUUGUUGAAAUCUUAUAGCUAUAUAUCAUUAUACAAGAUUUAAAAAAAAAAAAAAAGAAUUAUCUAUUAUUCUGAGUAAGCCUUAGAUUAUAUUUUUAAGUAUGUAAUUAAUGUCCCAAUGAUAUUUAAUCAUUUUGACUUGAUAUAUUAUCAUAGAUACAGUUGAUAAUUUGUACAGAUUAUUCUAUCGGAAGACUGACGAAGUUAAUGGUAAUGGAAUAUUUCCAAAUAAUUGAAUACGCUAAUAAUAAUUUUCUUUUUUAAUUAAUCUAUCCUUUGUUUUUUAUUAAUACUUGCGUGUAUCGAUAAAGAAGAAAAGAAAAGAACAAACAUAAUAUUUGUUUCGAAUUAAAUUCUACAAAGUAUCAUUUCAAUGAAGAUAUGAAAUAGUCUAGGAAAAAUAUAAAAGAAAAAAGAUAGUGCAAUCAGUGAAUAACCAAUGUUUAAAAUAUUAUUAACAAUUUUUUUUAUUUAUUUAUUUUUAAUGUACAAGAUGUCCAAAGUUUUUCCAAUCAAACAAUGUUGUCAGCAUUGCACAAAAAAAAAUAAUGUUUUCUUAUUUUCGUGUACAGAAUAUACAGACACCGUUUGAUCAAGAAAAACUACAGGCAAUCCAUUUAUAUAUAAUUCAAUUUGGAUCUGAUAAAGUAUUUUUUAACGAACAUAACGUUUGUAACAUCGUAUCCAAAGCAUUUUACCAGUAUUAUAAUGUAUAUAAUUGUACAUUCGAAGAAGCACCAAGAUAAGUGUUUUUUUAAUCGUGAAAGAAAUACUGGAUUGAGUUAUCGAUGGAAUAACUUGUAUACGUAACAAUAUUUUUGUGAUAGGAAAACAAAAGAAAGAGAAAUUUAUUGCUUCCUAAUACACACAUAUUCCUAUUGAUUUAUUAAUAUUCUAUAUGUAGUUUCAGUUUUGUUCUUUUUAUUCAAAUAAUAUGUUUGAAAUCGUUUACACGCAUAGAAAACUCCUGUUUUCGAAUUUUGUAAAUAAUAUUAAAAUCUAUUAUCUUUGAAUUCGUGAAAAUGCGAGAAGGAAUGACAGCUUUAAAGAAGAAGAAUAUAUUAUAUAUUGUACUUUUCGAAGGAUUCAUUUGAAUUUUUUAUCAAAGUACGUUAUUAUCGUUUUUUAGACUUGUAUAAUGAUAUUGGAGAGACGCUUAAU